CCCAGCCCGACGCUUAAAGCCUCCGGCCGUUGGGGCAGGACGGCAGGACCGACUUACACUCGGAACGCAGUUUCCGCGAGCGCGGUUUUCCCGCCGGAGCCCGGCUCGGCUGCAGCCUCCCUCCUGCGCAGGCGCAGCGCUCCUCCCGGCAUGGAAGUGGCGGGGGUGCUGCUGUGUCUGGCGGCGGCGGUCCUGGCAUGGGGCCUCCUCAGGGUCUGGGACGCCUGGGAGCGAAUGAAGGGUCAGGAGCAGGCGGGCCUGCCGGGAGGCGGAAGCCGCGCUCUCCUGGUGACCGCGCACCCCGACGAUGAAGCCAUGUUCUUUGCUCCCACUAUUCUGGGCUUGGCCCGCCUGGGGCACCAGCUGUCCCUGCUCUGCUUCUCUGCAGGAGAUUACUACAAUCAAGGGGAGAUGCGUAAGAAAGAACUCCUGCAGAGCUGUGACGUGUUGGGGAUCCCAUCCUCCAGCGUAACAAUCAUUGACAACAGGGACUUCCCAGACGACCCGGCUGUGCGGUGGGAUCCAGGGCGGGUGGCCGACGUCCUCCUCCGGCACAUAGAGCUGAACGGCAUUGACCUGGUGGUGACCUUCGACGCAGGCGGAGUGAGUGGUCACAGCAACCACGUGGCCCUGUAUGCGGCCGCCAGGACCCUGUGCGCAGAAGGGAAGCUCCCUAAAGGGUGCAAGGUGCUGGCACUGCAGUCUGUGAACCGGCUGCGGAAGUACAUCUCCCUGCUGGACCUGCCCUGCUCCCUGCUGCUCGCCCGCGAUGCCCUCUUCGUGCUCACCCGCCAGGAGGUGGCCCAGGCCCAGAAAGCCAUGUCCCGCCACCGCAGCCAGCUCCUCUGGUUCCGCCGCCUGUACGUGCUCUUCUCCAGGUACCUGAGGAUCAACUCCCUGCGCCGCCUCUGAGCCUGGGGGCCAGGGCUCGUCCGCAGCGGGCACGGCGCCCCUCCAGCCGGUCGGCCGGCCUCUGCCCAAAGGGCGGCUGUGCAGACCAGAGUGUCCCCCUCUGGGAGCAAAACCAAACAACCGCACACCAGCCAGCCUGAGGAUGACACGAGCCAGCCUGAGGAUGACUCCAGGCACCCCGCUAGCUUCUCAAGCUCUUGUGGGAAACAGCUCACCCAGGGGCACAGUGCAGUCAACCCCCACCCCAGCCCCCUGUCGUUACAAAUGAGCCUCGAGGCUCUGAAACCCCUUCUCAGGUGCUGUGUAUUUUCAUGCUGUCACCAGACAGACACACGCACUGAGGAACAGUCUCCACUGAAUUCGCCCAACCCUGGUUCCUGCACAGGCCACAUCUGCGUCUAGGGAAACGUCUCCGUUUAACGUCACUGCUGCAGGCCAGGCUGCCGAGGCCCAAUCACCGAGCCCAGCGCCUCCUGAGGAGACCGCGGUGCCGGGCCUGCCCGCGAGGAGCUUACAGUCAAAUGGCUCCCCGAGCGCCAUCCGAGAGAGACAGGACACAGGAAGAGAGACCUGGAGCUUCUCUCUGCAGCCAAGGAUUAUGUCUUAAAAGUGCAGGGAGAGGAGAGGAGAGGUCGGCUUGGGAGCCCCGGGCCAGGAGGUGGCCCGGGGCAGGGAGCAGACGGGGACUCGGGGUGAGGCCAGACUACCAGCUCAGGGACCUCGGCCCAGGGCUCAGGCCCUUUUCUGCCUCAGUUCUCUCACCUGCAAGACGGGACGGCGACGGCCCCUGCAGAGGAGACGAUGCCCAAAGGCGAUGCCACGAGUGUGGCCCUAAAAA